AUGACACUGAUGGGGCCGCGGCGUUUAAAGAUCUCGAGUGGCCAGGGCUUCCUGAUGGUGGUGUGACUGCCAACUCCCGCUGCCUUCGCCGGCCAGGACGCCACUCCCGCGCUCUCCUGGGAACGGACGCCCGCGGGUGACUGAACGGAGUGCGCGCUGGGAGCCUUGCUCUCUCUCAGGUACCUGAAUGUUGACUUUCUAUCUGAAACUCCUGGAAUUCCUGGAAAUUCUAUUUGAGUUAUAACUUGGCUCAAAUCACACCACAUAUAUAUAUAGUAUACAGGUACUUAGCCCAAGCCUAAGAAUUACUGGACUCCUCUGAUAAGAUAAAUUCAAACAAAGUGGGACUUCCAUCUAGGAAGAUGCAGCCCCUGCACAAGUUGGUGGCUAUCUCAAAACCUCAAAACCUGACUCUGGAUGAACAAAGUGAGGACCUGAGAGCAGAUGUGUCUUGGCAGCAGGAAACCACCCCAGUCAGGGAGACCUAUGACUCUGAGGCGUCUCGUCAAAAGUUCAGACAUUUCCAGUACUUGGGAGUGUCUGGGCCUCAUGAAGCCCUGAGCCAACUCUGGGAGCUCUGUCUUCAGUGGCUGAGACCAGAGGUUCAUACUAAGAAGCAGAUCCUAGAACUGUUGGUGCUGGAGCAAUUCCUGACAAUUCUCCCUGAAGAGGUCAGGACUUGGGUGAAUUUACAUCAUCCAAAGAACAGCAAAGAAGUAGUGACCCUCAUAGAAGAUGUAAUUGAAGACAAAGAUAUACCCUGCAAGGAUUCUGCCCUUCUCCGGAAGGAGCCAGUGACAUUCAAAGAUGUGGUUGUGGAAUUCAGCGCGGAAGAGUGGGGGCAAUUGGACUCUGCUGUAAAGAACCUGUACAGGGAUGUGAUGCUGGAGAACUAUAGGAACCUCAGUUCAUUGCGUAAAGAGCUUCUAUUUUCCAAACCAGUUGAGGUCCCCAAGUUGGAGAGGAAGAUAAAAGGAUGGAUAAUGGAGCAAGAAAUCCCAAGAACAGCCAUACUGGACACACAAAUAAUUUCAGAAAAUCAGGAUUCAGUUUCAAAGAGAAUUUCUGGAGCAGAAUCGUCCCAUGGAGAGAUAAUGACAACACUGACCCAAAAUAGACUUCCUUCUCUAGAUGCCUGGAAAAGUGAUGAUUGGUUAUAUAGGAACUGGGACAUAAAUUUGCCACAAGACGCUUUCAUUCAUAAGACAAUCGAUACUGUGGAGGGAGACUUUGAAUAUAGUGAAAAUAAGAAAAGCUUUGAUGUUAAGACAGUUAACUCAGUUUUUGAUAGUCAACAAGGAGUUCCUAUGAGCAAGGGGUCCCCGAAGUGCAAUAAGUUUAAAACUAAUUUCAAAUUUAAUUUUGACUUACUAGGAAAGCAACAUUCAGAAUAUAAUGAAUGUGGGAAUGCCUUGAGCCUGAGUACAGAUAUUCAACACCCAAAAAGUCAUACCACAAGGAGUUGCUAUGCAUGUUUUCAGUGUGGGAAAGCCUUCAGCCGGAGUUCAUCCCUUGUUCGACAUCAGAUCAUUCACACAGGAGAGAAACCCUAUAAAUGUAGUAAAUGUGGGAGAUCCUUCAACCGACGAACAAACCUUAGUAAGCAUCAAAGAGAUCAUCCAGAAGUAAAGGCCUACAAAGGAAAUAAAUGUGAAACAGUCUUCAGUAAGAGUGAAGACAGUAAUAAACAUCCAAGUCUCUAUCCUAGAGAUAAUACUUAUGAAUGUGUUAACUGUGGAAAAUCCUUCAGCCGGAGCUCCUCACUUAUUCGACAUCAAAUGAUUCAUACCGGAGAGAAACCAUUUAAAUGUAACAAGUGUGAGAAAACCUUCAACAGGAAUUCAAACCUUAUUAAACACCAAAAACUUCAUACUCGGGAGAAGUCCUAUAACAAGUAAAUGUAAUAUUGCCUUUAGUCAGAGUGCAGAACUCAUUCAACAUCCAUGGACUUACGCUGGAAGGAAUCCUAUGAAAAUGCAAAUGGAAAAAAGAAACUUUGUCAGAGAUUAUUCUCUAAUUGAUAAUGACAAAAUUACUACUGGAGGGAAAUCUGUUAUCGGAUAGAAAAAUCAGGCAGAUUUUCCUGGCUCCCAGAUGAAACCACAGAGUUUGAAAUUAAACAUAUCACCAUACAAGUGUUUUGUCUAUCAUUAUUCUGAUGUUCAUUACCAUCAUCUUUCUCUAGUUCAUAAAUAGGACCUAAUCUAUUGGGAAAGUCCAUAUUAGGGAGAAGCCAAGCAAUAUCCUUGGAGUUGAUAAAUUUAGUAAACCUCAAACUUUCAGUUCUUAAUAUGAAGGUCACAAGUAACCAGGAGAUCAUGAGAAAAUAGAAGGACAUUUCUAAGGACUGAACUCUCUGAAGUAAUGGCAAAGACCAUAGUGACAACCAAUUACUCCACUCCAAUUAAUAUCUUUGGCUGCCCUGGUGCUCAGUGGGGACUACAAUUGGAAAAGGGUAAUCAACUACAAAAGGAGGUGGAUGUAUUGUUGUUAAUCUACAUGUAUUUUUUUUAAGAUAUGAAUUUUUUUAGAAGUAUUCUUUGGGAUCUAGGCUGGAGGACAUCCAUAGCCCUAGGUCUAUCAUUUAUCCUAAACAUUUAAAGGUCAAUAAAGUGUCCUCAAGUGGGACACAGGCCCCGCCACCACCCCAGAGAAACAGCCCACCAAAUCGCAGCCGACGCUGCCGUGGCGCAAAAUGCAGCUCACAGCCCAGCCCAGCCUGCAGACAGUGGCUGUGGGCACCAGGUAAUGACAUCAUAUUUUUGUUGACAUUCUGAAGCCGAAAUUGUCAACAGAAUAUGUCUGAAGACAAAACUAUUGCCACAGCGUACCUCUGAGGCUGAAAGAAAGCAAUGUUGUCGACAAAAUAUGUCUGAAGAACAACUAUUGGCACAAUGUACCUCUGAAGCUGAAAAAAAGCGACAUGUUGACAGAACAUGUCUGAAGAACAGUCAUUGACAAGUACUACCAAUACUGGUAGGAACUGCCUUCAAAGCGAAAAUGAGGUAAAUGAGGAUGCAGUUAUCGAACACAGUUGUGGUGGAAGGACUGUUACACUUUUGCCUAUCCCUAAAUUUCUCCAAUGAAAAUCCAUCUGAUGGAAAAUUUACUUGAUGUUGUAGCAAAGACAAAUUUUGUCCAAAUGAUAUACAUUUUCCAG